AAUACUCAAUAUAAUCCCUUUAUUAUCAUUUAUUAAUUGUUUUAACCUUAUAAUAAUUCAUUAGUCAUCUUCUCGCUGGGUUAUUGUGUUUCCAUUCACUGCAGUCGCUGUCUCCCGCUGUGAUCAAACGAGCUGUGUGCAUAAUUCCGCUGAUUUUUCUAAUCCUACUAAGGCGCAGGCUUUGCUUAUGAAUAUUAAUCGUUCUAUGCUGGUGUUGCUUGGUAACCUUAACGGCGUCCUGUUACGUAACGUAUUUAAUAUUCACAAACCACGCCUCUGCCGUCUUCGGAUUGGCCAGCGGACCCAGCGCCCACCCGCCGCCAGCCAAUCAGAUAGUCCUCUUUGUCGAACGUCACUCUGUGUAAUUAAUAUUCAAACAGCAAGCCUUCGCUAUAGUAUGAUGGGUGACUCCGGUUGUGAAGGGGUUAACGCGGAGGGCGGAACUCGGCACCGGCUACAGUAUAUGAUCGCAAUAUAUUGAUAGCGAGAGAUACUGAGACGCUACAACGCUCGGAGGAACGUUUUGGAAAUACUAUUUGGAUUUAAUUUGCACCGUGACGCGCACGCAUUAAGCUUCGCGUCUUUCUGGAUGAUAGAGAGGGAACGCGACGUGAGUGUGACGCGUCGCGCAGAUUCCGAAGCGGAUACAAAUGCGUUUGUGAAUGUAUCGCGUGCACUCAAACCGGGGUCGCUUACAGAUGCGCGGGCGCGGGUCUCAGUGUGCAGAGGUUUUACACAGCUGGGAGGAACCCAAAGGCGCAAUGCUCGUAGUUCACGCAUCAGGGUUCGAACCCGCACCCGCCGGGUCACCCGCCUCCGGUGUGUGAGCAUCCGCGCGCGACAGUCAUGUUGCCCGGGGUGGGUGUGUUCGGCACCAGUCUGACCACCCGGGUCAUCAUCCCUCUGCUGAAGAGCGAGGGCUUCUCGGUGAAGGCGCUGUGGGGUCGCACGCAGGAGGAGGCGGAGGAGCUCGCGCGCGACAUGAACGUGCCCUUCUACACCAACCGGAUCGAUGACGUGCUGCUGCAUCCGGACGUGGAUCUGGUGUGCAUCAACCUGCCUCCGCCGCUCACGAGACAGAUCGCCGUUAAGACUCUGGGAAUUGGCAAAAACGUGAUCUGUGACCGGACGGCUACGCCGCUGGACGCUUUCCACAUGAUGUCAGCGGCCCAGUACUACCCGAAGCUGCUGAGCAUCAUGGGUAACGUGCUGCGCUUCCUCCCCGCCUUCGUCCGGAUGAAGGAGCUGCUGGAGGAGGGUUACGCGGGCGAGCUCCUGGUCUGCGAGGCGCAGGUUCACAGCGGGAGUCUCCUCGGGAAGAAGUACAACUGGAGCUGUGAUGACCUGAUGGGGGGCGGCGGGCUGCAUUCGGUCGGGAGCUACAUCAUCGACCUGCUCACGUUUCUAACGGGUCGGCGUGCGGCGAAGGUGCACGGCUUCCUCAAGACGUUCGUCAAGCAGACGGAUCACAUCCGUGGGAUCCGACAGAUCACCAGCGACGACUUCUGCACCUUUCAGAUGGUGCUUGAAGGAGGCGCUUGCUGCACGGUCACGCUCAAUUUUAACGUCCCGGGGGAGUUUCGGCAGGAGGUUGUGGUGGUCGGUACGUCUGGAAGGUUGACGGUUUGCGGGACGGAUUUGUACGGACAGAAAAACGAUGGUGGAAAAGGACAGGAGCUGCUUUUAAAGGACAACACGGCUGUCGGGAACGCGUCUCUACCGGACAAAGCGUUCCGGGACAUCCCGUCUCCGUAUCUCACCGGCACCAUCUGCAUGGUUCAAGCCGUACGGCAGGCGUUUCAGGAUCAAGACGACCGGCGAACGUGGGACGGACGGCCGCUGACGAUGGCCGCCACUUUUGAGGACUGUCUUUACGCGCUUUGCGUCGUGGACACGAUCAAAAAGUCCAAUCAGUGCGGCGAGUGGCAGAACAUCGAGGUAAUGACGGAGGAACCGGAAAUCAAUCCUGCGUACCUGAUCAGCGAGGCAAUGCGACGCAGCCGGAUGUCACUGUACUGCUAACAUAGGUCUGGAUGAUAUUGAGAACAAUUAUAUCACGAUAUAUCGCUUAAUUUCGGUUGAUAUGAUAUAGAUUCCGUUCCCUUGACUUCCUUUCAUGCACAUGCAAAUGCAUCAGAAUGGAAAUGCAUGCCUGUGCAAAAAGUUUUGCAUUUCGCUUUGCAAUACAAAGAUCAAGCAAUUCCACAUGCUUAAAGUCUAGUGCGACUCUGGUUAUAACUCCGAUAUUGAUUUGAACAAUUAGACAUAAUGUUAAAUUAAAUUAAAACGAAGGCAGUCGGUUUCCUACAAAUAUACAGAUACGUUUUAACCACAUUGUGAAGCAAUGUAUAUGAAACACUGGAAAUGUAUAUCGGAAAUGGUUAAAAUUCAUAUCACCGUUAUUGAAGUAAUAUAUCGCGGUAUAUAUUGUUCUUAAAUUAUAGUCCAGCCUUAUGAGCGAGCGUGCAUCCUUGCAUUUUGAGAUUAAUGCAUUCGAAGCAUUUGGAAAACUGGAGAAGUACAUGCAACUGAAGGAAAUAUGCUUUUGUGCCUCUUGCACGGAGUUUGGCUUGUGUUUCAAUGCGUUAAAACAUCGGCUGCUGGGAGUUUUUGUGUCAAGUUUGCAAUAAAUCUGCUUUCGGAUGAACCGACAGCCACGCUUUGCUGAAAUGCCUUUGUACUUGUGACAUGUUUGUAGUUAGUGCAAAGAACAAACAUGCAGUUUGACUUUGGUUUGCAAGACUUUUUUUCAACGUUGUCUAUCUGUGCAACCCAGACAAGGUGCAGCAUCUGUCAGCAUGUGUUUGCAUGCUAGCGUUAGCAUAGCGAACAUAGACUUCUGCAUCAAACAAUGCCUGCAAAUGCAUGAAAUCUCGCACCGUAACCAACAGGAUUUUGCUAUGUAUUAUGAGAUCAAUCCGGACAAAAACUAAGAUGUUUCUGCUUUGUUCGUACUGUUAUAUUUAAAAUCCCAAUGUUUGUGUGUUUUAACUGGUAUCUUGAUUGUUAUGGCUGUACCUGUGGCUUUUACAGUCCUUUGUUAUUUUUCACCUGAAAGAUUUUUAAUAGUAAAUCUCCCAAAUAUGAAAUUGCAAACAUCACAUUAACUGUCAGUGGUUCUCAACUGGUUUUGCUCAAUCAUGCAUACAUCACGUGGUGACCCAAAAGUGCACAAAAAUCUCUUUAAAAUCAAACACGGAAAUUAUAUUAUACACUACAGGUCAAAAGUUUUGAGUAAGUUUUUAUACUUUUAAGACCUGUUUUUAAUAAUUGAGCACCAAUAAUAAUUGAGCAAUAAUAAUAAUGAGUUUAGAAUUAUUUCUGAAGGAUCAUACUGACAAUUCAACUUUGAAUUACAGGAAUAAAUUACAUAUUAGAAUAUUUUUAAAUAGAAAUUGAUUAUUUGAAAUUGUAAUAAUAUUUCACAAUAUUAAUGUUUUUAUUGAAUUUUUAAUGAAAUAAAUGCAGCUUUGGUGAGCAGAAGAGACAAACAACAUUUCAAAAUCUAGAUUAUUUCAGGAUAUAAUAUUGAUAUUUUAUAGAUUAAACUGAGCAUGAGCUGUUUAGCUCCAAAUACAUGCAAAGGUAUUAACAUUAGACUUAAUAGGAAACCACAUUUGUAAAUGCUCAAAUAAUAAUAAAAAAAAAUAUUUAAUGUCACCUGAGGUUUUUAUUUUAUUUAGUUCUUUUGGUAUCAAACAACCUUUAUAUGUUUAAUUUAAUUCUCUUCUACCAAAUGACAGAUUAAUUGGUUGAAAUAGAGUAGAGUUUGAUUGGACGAAUGAAAGAAAGAUACAUUUUCCUUUUAAAGCCUGUUUGACUUUUAUAGUUGCAUUUGGUUUCUUAUUUCCCCUUCGAAACAGUAAGUUGAGAACCACUGCUCGAGACUGUUGCAGAAGAGCGUUGCACUUCUUUGAGGGCUAGUAAAUGCAUUUUUAAGACUGAAAAAACAUAAACCAAAAUGCUUCAGACACGCUAAAGGUGCUAGAAAUGUUUCAGUCUGAAGAUAUAUUGGUGUAUAUCUAGUUUAGGAGACAUAAUUCAUAUUUAAAUGCAGUUGUCACUACUGAAACUUUGCAGUGUGUGUGGCUGGAGACUCCAGUUAUCAAGAGUAGGAAAUGACGAUUAACGUACAGAAAACAUUUUAAAAUCAGAUUUUUGAGUCUGUAUGUUUUGCUAAUCUCAAUCGCAGUGUUUUAUAUGUCGACUAGGAUCUGUUCGCUGUAUGCAUGCACUGAAGACCGGUGUGUCGACGAUCGUCUAUCACUGUGCAACUUCUCACUGCGUCACGACGGCUUUGUAUCAGCCUCGUGACGAAAGACUGAGUCCAAUCAUGUGGCUGUGUUUUAUGCGUAUUUUAUGCUGCUUGGAGAAACACCUGCUGUAAUUUACUGGAAACAUGCUCUGUGUAGUUUAUAAAUGGUAUUUAUUUCUUAGUGUUUCAUAUCAAAUCAGGAAGUGUGUGUACUGUGAGACAGGAAAUAGAGGCCUUUGCUUGUGCAUUUUUACAGGAAGGGUGAUAGAGUCACAGUUUAAAAGUCCCAAACUAAACCUGGCUUCCCUCACAAACGUGACGCCAACCAACACUUGGUCAAGAUAAUCUUGAAGGAAAAAUCAUCUCUGUUGGACUAGAGAAUAUUUAGCAUCGUUUCCUCUCAGAAGCAUGUUAAUAAGGCUGCUAGAGUUAAUAUUUCUGCUAACAAGAGACAUAAGCUGAACAUUUUGACUGAGCUAUUACAUGCUCGAUCAUAAUGGAAUGUAAUUUAUUUGAGGAGGCAGAUCUUUUACUUUUAUAUUAACAAGCCAAAACUCAAACUCUAGCUUUAAACUGCUGCAAUCAUCUGGUUUCAGGCUUUUGUUGUUGUUGUUGUUUAAUAUUUUGCAGAAGGUAAAUUAAUGUAGUGAUAAAGCCACAUGGAUUCAUGCUAGCAUUAUGAGAGUCGCUAUGGACAGAGGAGGAGGAGGUUAAAAACUUUGAAGGUUGUAAUUUCAUAAUUAUGAUAAUUAUGACAUGAAAUUAACAUAGUAUAGUUACACUGUAUGGAAGCCCAAUUCUGCCAUAAAAGAAAAAAAAACAUACUUAAAAAAAAG